GCACCCGCAUCACUCAAGCUGCCCAAGCUACCUUAACCAUUUUAGUGCUGUACGAGAGAGAAAGACAUAUGUAGGCUACUUACUCAUCAUCGCUUUCCAGAAACAUUGCAGAAUACGCAGAAGGCAAAAUGGAAAAGCAACAUCCAGUCGCAGGUGAAUGUGAGGACCAGUGAGGAUAAAAAACUCUGCGUUCCUGUGCGUUAUUGCGGUGAUGGAGCUCACAACACUUGUAGCUGCGCCCCGGGUAUCUGAUGCUGAACGAUGCUGAGAGUCUGGCUUCAGAAUGUUGGAAUUGGGCACCUGUUCGGACAGCGCUCAGAGCCUUUCUGACCGCAAUGCCCUGGCAGUGCCAUCUUUCCGUCAGGGGAGGUUCGGGGGGAGCCCACCUUCACGAUGUUUCCUCCGCCAGCCGCAGGACCCGGAGGUCUGGCACAAGCAUCGUGGAGCACUGGAGGACGGUUCCCCUGCCUGCUCGCUGCUGGAGCCCCAAAGCCUGGCUGACAACUUCAUGUCUAAUGCAUCCAGUUUCGACACCCUUUACAUACCCCACACACAUCAGAUGGGUCUGCCGCCCUCCUCCCUGGAUCUGGCGGGGUCGUGCGAGGGAGCUGCCGCGUUGGGUCUUGACCCGAUUGCUGUUAGCCCGAAUAUCAUUAAACGACGCAGGGGAGGGCUCAUCGAACAACGGGACAUCAUUAGAGCACACCAGGCACACAAGAUUCAGAGCACCCCACAGGCCCGACGGAAAGAAUGGGAAAUGGCUCGGUUCGGAGACGAUGUUCCCGGUCUGUUGGGAGCCGGGGAUGGGGGAUCGGAGCGCAAUCGGAACCGCGAGGCUCCUGCGGUAUCCACAGGUGGAGUUUCACCAGUCUUCAAACAGACCAAAGCGCAGCGAGCUCGAACCAUGGCCCUGUACAACCCAAUUCCAGUCCGACAGAACUGCUUCACCGUUAACAGGUCUCUCUUUAUCUUUGGAGAGGACAACAUCGUUAGGAAGUAUGCCAAGAAGAUAAUAGAGUGGCCUCCGUUUGAGUACAUGAUCCUGGCCACCAUCAUUGCCAACUGCAUCGUUCUGGCCUUGGAGCAACAUCUGCCCGGAGAGGACAAGACGCCCAUGUCAAAGAGACUUGAAAAAACAGAGCCCUACUUCAUAGGAAUGUUUUGCUUCGAGGCUGGAAUAAAAAUCAUUGCCUUGGGAUUUGUAUUCCACAAAGGCUCGUACCUGAGGAACGGCUGGAACGUCAUGGACUUCAUUGUCGUCCUUAGUGGGAUUUUGGCUACAGCAGGAGCUCACAUGAAUAUUCCUGUAGACCUGCGCACACUGAGAGCUGUGAGGGUUUUACGGCCCCUUAAACUGGUCUCCGGCAUCCCCAGUCUGCAAAUAGUUUUGAAGUCCAUCAUGAAGGCCAUGGUUCCCCUGCUGCAGAUCGGCCUGCUGUUGUUUUUUGCCAUUCUCAUGUUUGCCAUCAUUGGACUGGAAUUUUACAGCGGAAAACUUCACAGUCACUGUGAAGCUGAACCAGACAUCAGUGGCAAUGAGACUGUGGAUUCAUCUGAUUCUGAAUACCCAUGUGGUUACAGGAAAUGUCCUCUAAAAUAUAAAUGCGCUGGCAACUGGACAGGACCCAACGAUGGCAUCACCCAGUUUGAUAACAUCUUGUUUUCCGUACUUACCGUCUUUCAGUGCAUAACAAUGGAAGGCUGGACGACGGUACUUUAUAAUACCAAUGAUGCCUUAGGCCCUACGUGGAACUGGCUGUACUUCAUCCCACUAAUAAUAAUUGGAUCCUUUUUUGUGUUAAAUCUUGUAUUAGGAGUUCUUUCAGGGGAGUUUGCUAAAGAGAGGGAGCGGGUGGAGAACCGCCGAGCCUUCAUGAAGCUCAGGAGACAGCAGCAGAUCGAGAGGGAGUUAAAUGGGUAUCGGGCCUGGAUCGACCGUGCAGAGGAGGUUAUGCUUGCAGAAGAGAACAAGAAUUCUGGACCUUCUGCUUUAGAUGUGCUUAAAAGAGCCACCACCAUAAAGAGACGAGGCGUGGAUGAUGCCCGGAGAGGUCCAGAGGAGCCGUAUGCCGACAUAUCAUCUGUAGGCAUGCAGUUAAACAGAGCAAGCAUUCGCAGUGCCAAAAGAGGACCGACGUCGUAUUUCCGCCGGAAAGAACGCUUGUUACGGAUCUCCGUCCGCCGUAUGGUGAAGACUCACACUUUCUACUGGACCGUUCUGGGUCUGGUUGCUCUCAACACCCUAUGUGUGGCCAUCGUACAUCACAAACAGCCCAAUUGGUUGUCCUGCCUCCUCUACUAUGCAGAGUUUCUGUUUCUGGGUCUGUUUCUGACUGAGAUGUUUUUGAAGAUGUAUGGACUGGGGCCCAGACUCUAUUUUCACUCCUCUUUCAACUGCUUUGAUUGUGGGGUGAUAGUUGGCAGCAUCUUUGAGGUGCUCUGGGGAUUCUUCAGACCCGGCACAUCUUUUGGGAUCAGCGUUCUGCGUGCCUUACGGUUGCUGAGGAUCUUCAAGAUUACAAAGUACUGGGCGUCUCUGAGGAACCUGGUUGUCUCUCUGAUGAACUCUAUGAAGUCUAUCAUCAGUUUGCUUUUCCUGCUCUUUCUCUUCAUUGUGGUCUUUGCCCUUCUAGGCAUGCAGCUGUUCGGUGGGAGGUUCAUUUUUGAAGACUACACCCCUACUAAUUUUGACACUUUUCCGGCAGCUAUUAUGACAGUGUUUCAAAUUCUUACUGGUGAAGACUGGAAUGAGGUCAUGUACAAUGGCAUACGCUCUCAAGGCGGCGUUAAGUCAGGGAUGUGGUCGUCUGUGUACUUCAUUGUUUUAACCCUGUUUGGAAACUAUACGCUCCUCAAUGUCUUCUUGGCUAUCGCUGUUGACAAUUUGGCCAAUGCCCAGGAGCUCACAAAGGAUGAAGAGGAGGAAGAGGAGGCAUUUAAUAAGAAACACGCACUGCAGAAAGCCAAAGAGGUCGGACCAAUGUCGUCUUUUAUGUGCUCAGAGAGAAGACGACGCCCCUACCUGUACAGGAAGCGCGCAAUUCAUCGGAGCCGUGCAGCUUACUCCUUUGAGGACUCGGAGAGCCUCGCUAAUGCUCCUCCGCUCAAUGCCUCUAACUCUUUCAUGUCCAGGAGGGAGAGAAGGCGAAGGUUGACCAUGUCGGUGUGGGAGCAGAGGACCAGUCAGCUGCGCAGACACAGGCAGAUGUCCAGCCGUGAAAUUCUUUUCAACAGCCCAAGUGAGGAGCAAGAUGGACCUCCUGGUUGCCAGCUCAACCAGAAACCCGGUUUGACCCCCUCCAACAGCAAGAAGCGAGCCAACGAGACCUCUGCCACCACCACCACUCUGCCAGAAGGCACCUUAGAGCCGACCAUGCCCAUGGACAUGCCUUUGGAUGAUCAGUCUAUUCCAGAACCCCCUUUGGCUAUUCCUGAGCCACCAGUGACAGAGGACACAUCCCUCCCAGAGCCCCCAGUGAUGCUGAAUCUACCCCCACCAGAGCCCCCCGAAUCAAAGACCUCACCUGAGGCCACCCUAGAUGUCAACAACCAUUGCCCUAAACUGAGCGGGAACAGGCGACAGCGGGCAGUCCGUAAAUACAGGCCACCUGCGACGGGGGACAUGCUUACCCCUGAUAUGGGACCCAGGCCCAGACGGCUACGCCACCGCGAACCUCACACGGAUGCUAGGGGAAAGGAGAUGCAACAAGGUGGCACUGAUCAGAGGCCUGUGAACGAGGGAGAUGAAAGGGAAUCAAAGGAUGAUCGAGAGAUCAGCACUGAUAGCAGAGUAGCUGAACAGAGGCAGAACAAACCAGACACCUCUGAACCAUCUGAACCGAAAUCAACCGUAAAUUCCCCUCACAAAAAACAAGAUUCUGAGCCUGCAACACUCCAGCUCACAGAUUCACUCCAGCAGUCCCCACAGACCACUACUGGUGCCGGCGAGACAGAUAAAAACCACCACGGGUCCUUAAAGGAGAAGACCUCUUUCAAUACCAGCAUCGCCAUAGAAAUGACAGAUACUCAAGCAUCCAUGGAAUUGAUCUCGAUUACGGGUAAUAGCAAAGUCAUGGAGGCAUCCAAACUGGAAAAAGAAGAGGAAAACCCAGACGCACCCAACGCCCCUCCACCCGUCAGCAUGUUCAUCUUCAAACCCGACAACCCGGUCCGCAGGGCCUGCCACUACAUUGUCAAUCUCCGUUAUUUCGAGAUGUCAAUCCUUCUUGUGAUCGCCGCCAGCAGCAUCGCCCUGGCUGCCGAAGACCCUGUCAACACAAAUUCGGAAAGAAACAAAGUGCUGCGGUAUUUUGAUUAUGUGUUUACUGGCGUCUUUACGUUUGAAAUGAUAAUCAAGAUGAUUGAUCAAGGCUUGAUCAUUCAUGACGGAUCUUAUUUCCGUGACCUGUGGAACAUAUUGGACUUUAUAGUUGUGGUGGGAGCUCUAGUGGCCUUCGCUCUCACGAAUGUGAUGGGGAGUAACACAGGACGAGACAUUAAAACCAUAAAGUCGCUGCGUGUGCUCAGGGUUCUACGUCCUCUCAAGACAAUUAAACGGCUCCCCAAACUUAAGGCUGUCUUUGAUUGUGUGGUCACGUCGCUGAAGAACGUCUUCAACAUUCUCAUCGUCUACAAGCUUUUUAUGUUCAUAUUCGCCGUCAUCGCCGUGCAGCUUUUCAAAGGGAAAUUUUACUACUGUACAGACAGUUCCAAGGACACAGAAGAAGAAUGCAAGGGUUUCUACAUUGAUUACGACAGAGAGAAAAAAAAGGAGAAACGAGAGUGGAAAAGACGUGAUUUCCACUACGAUAACGUCAUUUGGGCCUUGUUGACUCUCUUCACCGUGUCUACUGGCGAGGGCUGGCCGCAAGUUUUGCAACACUCUGUAGAUGUGACGGAGGAGGACCGGGGACCCGUUCAGGGGAACAGAAUGGAGAUGGCCAUCUUCUACGUCAUUUAUUUCGUGGUCUUUCCCUUCUUCUUCGUCAACAUAUUUGUGGCCCUCAUCAUCAUCACCUUCCAAGAGCAAGGUGAUAAAAUGAUGGAGGAGUGCAGUCUGGAGAAAAAUGAGAGGGCUUGUAUCGACUUUGCUAUAAGUGCUAAGCCUCUGACCCGAUACAUGCCCCAGAACAGGCAGUCCUUACAGUACCGGCUGUGGCACUUCGUGGUAUCGCCCUUGUUUGAGUACACUGUGUUGACGAUGAUCGCCCUCAACACCAUCGUCCUUAUGAUGAAGCACCACGAGCCUCGUCCUGAAGGUUAUGAAGAUGUCCUAAAAUACCUAAACACUGCAUUCACUGUUAUUUUCUCUGUGGAGUGCGUUCUGAAGAUCCUGGCAUUUGGUUUAGUGAAUUAUUUUAGAGACACGUGGAAUAUAUUUGAUUUCAUCACGGUUCUAGGAAGCAUCACUGAAAUUUUGGUUGACCAAUUUUCUCAAAAGGCUGGCCCUUUUAACAUGAGCUUCCUGAAGCUGUUCAGGGCAGCUCGGCUUAUUAAACUUCUGCGUCAGGGUUACACCAUUCGUAUUCUGCUCUGGACAUUUGUGCAGUCCUUCAAGGCUCUUCCAUACGUUUGUCUGCUCAUCGCCAUGCUGUUUUUCAUCUAUGCCAUCAUUGGCAUGCAGGUGUUCGGCAACAUCAAGCUUAAUGAAAAAAGCCAAAUCAACCGUCACAAUAACUUCAAGACCUUCUUUGGUGCCCUCAUGCUGUUGUUCAGGAGUGCAACAGGUGAGUCAUGGCAGGACAUCAUGUUGUCGUGUUUAGGAGAGAAGGAGUGCGAAACAGACCUGUCUCUGAACAACUCCACAACAAAAGACAUACGGAGAGAAUGCGGUACAGACUUUGCAUACUUCUACUUCGUCUCUUUCAUCUUCUUCAGUUCAUUUCUGAUGCUAAAUCUGUUUGUGGCUGUGAUAAUGGAUAAUUUUGAGUAUCUGACACGCGAUUCGUCCAUUCUGGGUCCUCACCACUUAGAUGAGUUUGUACGCAUCUGGGGAGAGUAUGACCGGGCUGCAUGUGGAAAACUGCACUAUAAGGAGAUGUACAAAGUAGUGCGCUCAAUAUCGCCUCCUCUGGGCUUUGGAAAGAAUUGCCCAUACAGGGUGGCGUGCAAGCGGUUGGUGUUGAUGAACAUGCCAGUGGAUGAUGAAAUGACCGUCCACUUCACCUCCACUCUGAUGGCGCUAAUACGCACCGCUCUGGACAUUAAAAUCGCUCGAGGGGGAGAUGACAGGGGGCAGAUGGACGUAGAGUUGCAGAAGGAGAUCAGUGUUAUAUGGCCGCACCUCUCCCAAAAAAGUCUUGACCUGCUUGUACCCAUCAACAAGGCCAGUGAUAUGACCAUUGGGAAGAUCUACGCAGCCAUGAUGAUCAUGGAUUAUUACAAGCAAAACAAAGCUAAGAAGCUCCGUCAACAGCUUGAGGAACAGAAACACGCACCGAUGUUCCAACGCAUGGAUGCGUCGUCCCUGCCGCAGGACAUUCUCUGCAGUGCCAAAGCUUUACCGUUUCUGUCCCACAGUGCUGGAUCUGCUCUCACCAGAGGUGGCUUUGUGGCACUGAGUCCCAUCUCACCACAAGAUUUCUUCAUGCAGCCUGUAGCCCAAGACAGCAUGGAGGAAAGAGAGGAAUACCAGAACCAUUAUCUUCUUCAUAGCGCGGUGCCAGAGCACAAAGUGUUGGUCCCCACCAGCAUGCAGUCUGAUCCUCUGCAGGUACCAGGGAGAGGCGUCUCUAUCCGAGCCUCUUCCAUGCCUCGGCUGGCAAUAGAGCCACAGCAGGUGUCUUUAGAGAACAAACUGAUGAAGCGCUCGUUCUCCACCAUCGGCGAUCAAUGUGUGAACGGUGAAUGGCAGGCAGAGUUCUCGUUGGAGCGCGUGAGCCCUGAUCGACUGGAGAGACCCAGGCAACGAAGCUUCAGAGCUAUCAGGUCAAACCUGCGGGAGCCGGUGGACAAGGAGAGGGGACGAUCUAAAGAGAGGAGACAUCUGCUGUCUCCAGAUGUCUCACGUUGUAACUCAGAGGAAAGGAGCCAGUCACAGGAGAGACGACACUCGCGAUCACCUAGUGAGAGCAGGAAACAUAUGUCACAUAGACAGGGAAAUAGUUCGGUCAGCCCAAUUCCCUCCACCUCUGAAUCAGGGACUCCUCGUGGGCGCCGGCAACUCCCGCAAACGCCUUCUCGGCCUCGGCCUCACAUCUCCUAUUCUCCUUUGGUGUGUCGAGCCCAAGCAGCACCAGUAGUGGGCGGUUCCCUGGCCCGGCCCAAGGAGGAAGGGGAGGAGCCUUCCGGGAUCGGUCAAAGCACCGCCAUCGCCCACUCCACCCCCCACCGGUACAUCUCGGAGCCGUACCUGCCACUGCAGGAGGACGUUAACAGUCCGGACUCCAGCGGAAUCGAGGAGACUCUUACUUUCGAAGCCGCCGUUGCAACCAGCCUGGGCCGCGCCGAUGCCAUAAGCUCCGCCCCACAAUUACGUCACACUUGGCAGGUGCCUAACGGACAUUUACGGAAACGAUUAGCACAAGCCACGUCGGGAACGUCAGGCUGUGAGCUUCUUAGUGACACGGAUGAGGAUGACCGGUGUUAGAGGCGUCCAAAAGAUUAUGGACGAUGGAUGAUUCUCUAUCCUAACAAGUGGCAUCCUGGACAGAACGGUCUAAACUUGUGCCUCGACCCCAGGAAAAUAUGCCCACGUGUGUGUGUUUAUUUGUUUGUCUGUGAAUGUGGAAAAAUCAGAGAUGUGAUUUUGUAUUUUGGUAAAAUAACAGAUGCAUAUCGCUUGGGUGUGCACGCUGUUCUCAGGCAGGUUUUGCAAAUUAGCAGGAUGUACUGGAGGUUUAAGAUCAGGUAUGUGUUACGGUAAGUGCUUCUCUGAAUCCACCCCACAGAUGAAUCCAAAGCAGACCACAAGCUCAUCGUCAAGAUUUGGGCCGUAACCAAAUGCUCUCAGGUUCCAAAACCUGCCUCAAGAGACAUCAGGAAUAGCUGAUGAAGCUCUCGGAGAUACAGCAAGACUCUGAGAUCUGUGAUUGGAUGCCACACCAUUGGCAUGGAGUCGAACAGUUUGAUAAGCAGAUAAUGGAUGCUCUCUUACAUUUAAGACAUACACAUGCUUACCUAUAGGCAAUGACGAGAGGUAAAUACCCCUUUAAGUGCAUAUCUUAAUAAUGGUUGACAUUCCAUGCAGGUACAGGAAGGAAGCAAAUUCUGAACAGUGCAUGACUUUUAAUGCAACUGGACCCAGGUGACGUCCUGGCCUUUAACACUGGAGUCUUUACAAAGGACUCGUGUAUCAUAUGUAAACAUAUCACUGAGUCUCCAAGCCAUGUUUGAUUGUAAAUAAGUUCAGUUGUCUAAAAGAUGUUAUCUUUUGUGAAGCAAUGAUCAAUUCAUGUCCGUUCUACAGGUGCAGACUAGUACUAGUGGAUAUGGUUGACAUCCGUCAUGUUAUGUUAGACCCAGCGUCUCUUUCUGAAUCAAUUCUUUUUGACCCAAAUGAAUCAACACAUCAUGAAACCUGUGAGGAAAUCCACAAACCUAUUCAGUGAUGCAAAUAACAACAGCAGCGAAAUAGCGUCCGUCUUCUCGUUUACAUGAUACAUUUACAUGGAUUGUAUCAUUUUGGUAAUUUUAUUAUAAAUUAAAGUUAAUGGUAAUUUGGGGAAAUAUGUGAUCCAGGUAUAUGUUUCGUAUUUCUUUACCCCUUAAAGGCACACUCCACUUUUUUGAAAAUAUGCUCAUUUUCCAGCUCCCCUAGAGUUAAACAUUCGAUUUUUACCGUUUUGGAAUCCAUUCAGCUGAUCUCCGGGUCUGGCGCUACCACUUGUAGCAUAGCUUAGCAUAAUCCAUUGAAUCUGAUUAGACCAUUAGCAUCGCGCUAAAAAUAACCAAAGAGUUUCAAUAUUUUUCCUAUUUAAAAUGGACUUUUCUGUAGUUACAUCGUGUACUAAGACAGACGGAAAAUUUAAAGUUGCGAUUUUCUAGGCUGAUAUGGCUAGGAACUAUACUCUCAUUCUAGUGUAAUAAUCAAGGACUUUGCUGCCGUAACAUGUCUGCAGCAGGAGCAAUGAUAUUACGCAGCAACUGAAAGU